AUGAAGAAUCAGAUGAGGCUGUUCGUGCUUCUUGCUCUGGUUGCCUUGCUGGUCAGGGCUCAGACACCAGCUGAGCCCAACUAUGAAGAUUUCCUCUUCAACCUCAAAUUUCCUCUGGACAACUACCGGCCACUUCUGAAUCAAGUGCAAGUUGAAACUUUGCCCUCCGAGGAGGUCGACCAGUCUGCACUGUCAGUCAGGAGUCUGACAUUUCCUGCACAAGAGACGGAGUGUAGCUCCACACAGGAACAAGGCAGCCCAUGCCCUCUGAAGGAAAAUGGGAAACUGAUGCUGUGCAACGCAAAAGUUACCUACCCAGUGCAAGAGCCCAGUGACAUCAGAGCCUUUGAAAUCAGAUGUGACAUGGCCACAGAGGAAGCCUUGCAGGGAAGGGUCAGAACAAGAAGAAGCAAGUCUGGUCGAGGAGGAGGCAGCAGCAGCUCAGGGCGAGGAGGCAGCAGGGGAAGUCGUGCAGGAGGAGGAUCCUCGAUCGCUGGAGUUUUGGACGUAAAUGUGAAAAUGAAGAAUCAGAUGAGGCCGUUUGUGCUUCUUGCUCUGGUUGCCUUGUUGGUCAGGGCUCAGAGACCUGCUGAACCCAACUAUGAAGAUUUCCUCUUCAACAUCAAAUUUCCUCUGGACAACUACCGUCCACUUCUGAAUCAAGUGCAAGUUGAAACUUUCCCCCCUGAGGAGGUCGACCAGUCCGCACUGUCAGUCAGGAGUCUGACAUUUCCUGCACAAGAGACGGAGUGUAGCUCCACACAGGAACAAGGCAGCCCAUGCCCUCUGAAGGAAAACGGGGAACUGAUGCUGUGCAACGUAAACGUUGCCUACCCAGUGCGAGAGCCCGGUGACAUCAGAGCCUUUGAAAUCAGAUGUGACAUGGCCACACAGGAAGCCUUGCUGAAAAUGAAGAAUCAGAUGAGGCUGUUCGUGCUUCUUGCUCUGGUUGCCUUGCUGGUCAGGGCUCAGACACCAGCUGAGCCCAACUAUGAAGAUUUCCUCUUCAACCUCAAAUUUCCUCUGGACAACUACCGUCCACUUCUGAAUCAAGUGCAAGUUGAAACUUUGCCCUCCGAGGAGGUCGACCGGUCUGCACUGUCAGUCAGGAGUCUGACAUUUCCUGCACAAGAGACGCAGUGUAGCUCCACACAGAAACAAGGCAGCCCAUGCCCUCUGAAGGAAAAUGGGAAACUGAUGCUGUGCAACGCAAAAGUUACCUACCCAGUGCAAGAGCCCAGUGACAUCAGAGCCUUUGAAAUCAGAUGUGACAUGGCCACAGAGGAAGCCUUGCAGGGAAGGGUCAGAACAAGAAGAAGCAAGUCUGGUGGUGGCUCGGGGCGAGGAGGAGGCAGCAGCAGCUCAGGGCGAGGAGGCAGCAGGGGAAGUCGUGCAGGAGGAGGAUCCUCGAUCGCUGGUGGUGGAAACAGAAAUAACGGUGGAACUCGGACAGCAUAAAAUUAGCAGCUGUUC